AUGAUUUUUGCCAUACAUGAGGUUAAUCAAAACCCUCGGCUGUUAACAAACAUCACUUUAGGAUUUCAGAUAUAUGACACUUGCUACUCUGAAACUAGAUCAACUGAGGCUUCUUUGACUCUUCUGUCUGGCAUCCCAGACCUCAUUCCAAAUUACAACUGUAAAUCUCAGCCACUGAGGCCAGGGGUCAUUGGAGACCUCAUUUCAUCAAUUUCUAUUCCCAUGACAAGGAUUUUGGGGCUCUACAGAUUUCCUCAGGUAUUGCACUAUGUGAGAAAUGUCCAUUUUUAUACAGGAUCUGAUGAAGAAAUUUAUUUUGAUGCAAACGGGGAUGCUCUAACAACCUAUGAUAUUGUUAAUGUACAAAUACCAACUGUGGACAUUUUCAAGUUUAUAAAAGUUGGAAGAGUUGACCCUAGGGCUCCAAAAGGGAAAGAAAUCAUAAUCAACAUGAGUAUUGUUUUAUGGAAUGAAAAAGACAAUCAGAUUCCUCAAUCUGUUUGUAGUGAGAGCUGUUCCACAGGAUACAGAAAAACAAUAAGACGGGGACAACCAGUGUGUUGCUUUGAUUGUAUUCCAUGUUCAGCUGGAGAAAUUGCAAACAAAACAGAUGUAAUGGACUGCCUGAAGUGUCGAGAAGAGCAAUGGCCAAAUGAAAGACACGAUGAAUGCAUCCCCAAAAUUGUUGAGUUCCUGACUUAUAAGGAGCCGCUUGGUGCAGUUUUGGCUACCAUUGCUAUCUUAUUGUGCUUCACCACAGCAUCCAUCUUCUGCAUCUUCAUUAAAUACAGAGACACUCCAAUUGUGAAGGCCAACAACCGUGAACUCAGUUACCUCCUUCUCUUGUCUCUUAUGUUGUGUUUCCUCUGCUCUUUGAUAUUCAUUGGGCAGCCAAUGAGAAUGACAUGCAUACUCCGCCAAACUGUCUUUGGUAUCGUUUUUUCCAUUAGUGUGUCUUCUGUUCUAGCUAAAACUAUUACUGUGGUUAUUGCUUUCAAAGCAACAAACCCUAACAGCAAGUUAAGAAACUGGGUGGGAUCAAAGAUUCCCUAUUCAAUCAUUCUGUUCUGUUCACUCAUACAGGUUGUUAUUUGUAUUAUUUGGUUGUUGAUUUCAUCUCCUUUUCCUAAUCUAAACAUGCAGACUCCAUCCAGCAAAGUCAUAUUUGAAUGCAAUGAGGGGCAACAAAUAUUUUUCUAUUGUAUGCUGGGAUACAUGGGUUUUUUGGCAACUGUGGCCUUUGCUGUUGCCUUUCUGGCAAGAAAACUACCAGACAGUUUCAACGAAGCAAAAUACAUUACCUUCAGCAUGCUAGUAUUUGUUAGUGUCUGGCUGUCUUUCAUUCCAGCAUACUUGAGUACCCAGGGGAAAUAUAUGGUUGCUGUGGAGAUUUUUGCCAUUCUAUCCUCCAGUUCUGGACUGCUCUGUUGCAUUUUUCUUUUCAAGUGCUAUAUUAUUUUGGUGAGACCUGACCUGAACACUAAAGAACAUUUAAUAGGAAAGGGGACAUUAAGUAAUAACAAGUAACU